AUGUCUUCAUCAUCGCUUUCCAAUUUCUCUCUUUAUUUAUUGGGUGGUUUUCUCUUUUUUCUUUCGACAAGUCCAUUCGUUGAGGGAGGACUCUUGAAAAGAAAUGAGAUUGCCCCAUCGCUCGUUUGGGAAAGGCUUAUUCAACUACAGAAUUCAAUUGACAAGUUGGCCGAGGCGAAUCGAGCCGUCCGUUGCCGAGUGCCCGCACUCACCCAGAAACCGGCAACCGGUGAGCAUCAAAAGACAAAGCGAUUCGUUGGGCCGUCACAGCGACUCGAGGAGUUGAUCAAUCCAUUUGUCCUCCACAGUAUGGACAAACGAUUCGCCGGUCCAUCACAGCGACUCGAAGAGCUCAUCAAUCCACUUGUCCUUCACAAUAUGGACAAGCGAUUCGCUGGGCCAUCACAGCGACUCGAAGAGCUCAUUAAUCCACUUGGCCUUCACGAGAUGAACAAGCGUUUCGCUGGGCCAUCGCAACGCCUCGAGGAGCUCAUCAAUCCACUUGUCCUUCACCAGAUGAAUAAGCGAUACGUGGGCCCAUCGCAGCGCCUCGAGGAGCUCAUCAACCCGUUGAGUCUUGGCGCCGGUUACGGUAACCACUUACCCGAAUCGAUUCAAGAAUAUGAGGAUUGU